AUGCAAAAUCAUUCUUUUAGAAAACGAUCAAAUCCGAUCAUGAAUUCAACCAUCAUCUUCGCCGGUAUUCUUAGCUAUUUUUUACUCAUGUUAACUGCUACUCAUUCAUUUAUAUUGUCAGACAAAGGCAAUAAUGAUGAAGAUCAUCUCCUUCUUCAUCAACCGUAUGCACUUUCGCCAAAUAGAUUCAUGGCGAUCUAUCGUGAUGAAGCUUCCAUGGCAGAAAAUUCGGAUGAAAACGAAGAUCAUGAAUUAGAAAAACGUCGUUUCAACGCUUGGGCUGGUAAACGAAACGUUUUUACCAAACGACGUUUUAAUGCAUGGGCUGGUCGACGAUAA